UCUCUCUGUGUUUCAUUUGAAAUGCUAAAAUGUCGUGUUCUCGGUUCGUUUGGGGGCGGCAAAAGGAGUAAAUCCACGCGCUCUUUGUGUCUCCUCCUCGCGGCAGUGAGAGCGUUCAAGGCGCGCGGCUCGAGUCUCCACCUUUCACUAUAUAAAUGAAUGAGGAGGCGGAGCCGCCCUCACGGCUGCGCGCUGGGAACACGGAGGUGUGAUUCUCCCAGCAGGUUCGGCUCUGUUCGGAGCAAAAGCGGCGGUACCUGAGCGUGCAGUCAUGUCACGAGCGCUGCGGUGCUGCGCGCGAGCAUCCGAGUAGACAAAAGGAAGCGGACCGUCACGAGGCCAUGGGUGGGCAGAUAACGCGGAGCGCCUUGUACGACUCUCUUGGUGGCCCGUUCCCAUCUACAUCCCACCGAUGUCACCACAAACCCAAGAGAUGCCUUCCCAUCCAGUGCAGCGGUGUGGGCAGUGCCCUUCCCUGCAGCCCGCUCCUUUUCCACCCGAAUGCAAAGGGAACCCAGAUUGUGAUGGACAUCGCCCAGAAGACGGUCAAGAGGCAGGCUAGCUUCUGCAACGCUAUCACCUUCAGUAACAGACCCAUAGCACUCUACGAGCAAGUACGCCUCAAGAUCACUAAAAAACAAUGCUGCUGGAGUGGAGCUCUCCGUCUGGGCUUCACCGCCAAAGACCCAUCUAGAAUAAAUCCAGACAACUUGCCCAAAUAUGCGUGUCCAGAUCUGGUGUCCCAGAGCGGCUUCUGGGCCAAGGCGUUGCCCGAAGAGUUUGCCAACGAGGGCAACGUCAUUGCCUUUUGGGUCGACAAGAAAGGCAGGGUCUUCUACAGAAUUAAUGAGUCCAGCCCCAUGUUGUUCUUCAGCGGAGUCCGCACAGCUGAGCCACUCUGGGCCCUCAUUGAUGUUUACGGUCUGACCCGCGGGGUGCAGCUGUUGGACAGUGAGAUUGUCCCUCCUGACUGUCUGCGCCCCCGCUCUUUCACCACAGUGCGCUCGUCUUCUCUUCGGCGUGAAGCAGACGACUCCCGCCUAUCAGUCAGCCUGUGCGACCUUAACCUACAGCAGGAAGACGGAGGCCCCUCCCACAAUCACUCCCAUCGCCACACCCUCCACCUGGCCUCGGCUGCCUCCUCUUCCACCUGCCCCAUCCCCCAGAACUCCCUGAACUCCCAGCAGUCAUCUCUGCUGCCGUCUGCCCUGGAGAGCGACCUGCACUUCCACCAGCUGCGCGGCGCCCACAUCAAGACCCUGGAUGAACAGACGGUGGCGCGAUCUGAGCAUUCCCGGGAAGAGCGCACACUGGUCUUUACCAACAGGCCUCUGCGCACAGGAGAGACCGUUUUCAUUAAAGUCACCAAGUCCAGUCCAGCACGCUUAGGCUCCCUUUCCUAUGGUGUGACUUCUUGCGAUCCAUCAGUUCUGCGCCCUAGUGACCUUCCCUAUAACCCAGAGGCUCUGGUGGACAGGAAAGAGUUCUGGGCUGUUUGUCGGGUUCCAACACCUCUGCAAAGUAGCGACAUCUUGGGUUUCUUGGUCAACCAAGAAGGGGAGAUUAUCCUCAGUCACAAUGGCACCAAUGUGGGCAUGCAGGUGUGUGUGGACAACUCCCGCCCUUUGUGGAUGUUUUUUGGUCUGCAUGGUGCUGUGACGCAGCUAAGGAUUCUGGGUUCCACUCACCUGGGGGAUCAGCGGGCCACGUCCAGCCCCAGCUCGCCCUCUUCCUCCCCGCACACGCCCAGCGCUCUGGGAAGUGGCAUCUCCGAUCCGGUCCUGAACGGAGGCUUGUGCUCGGCUGCUUUUUGCAGCUCAGCUGGAGGAACAACUCCAAGUUCACCUGUCAGCCUCCCUAAGUCCCCGACGUUCCCAUCAGGCCAGGUCCAAUGGUCAGACGAAUGCUCCAUCUGCUACGAAAACAUGGUGGACACGGUCAUCUACGCCUGUGGACACAUGUGUCUGUGCUACACCUGCGGCCUCAAGCUCAAGAAGAUGUCCAACGCCUGCUGUCCCAUCUGCAGGAGGCAGAUCAAGGACAUCAUCAAGACCUACCGCAGCACAUAAAGGGAAGAAACGAUGAGUUAAAUCAGGAAACAUGACCGCAGGAACCCUUUCCGAAGUUGGUACUUGUUCUUUGAAGAGGUCUCUUUCUCAUUAGAGUCUCUUUGUGGUGGAGCUGCACCGUGGUUCCUCUGAGAGCUUUCCAAAAGUGUCUACUCCCUCAUGUGGAAAACUAUCAAAUGGAGAAAAGAUUUGAAAACUUCUCUCAUUGGUUGGGCCAUGUAGUGUGAUUCAGGGACCGUCACCCACCUGUGCUGAAGCAAAUGAGUCACUUUAGGGCUGAAUGUCUCAUUUGCCGCUCCUUCAGAUACUGAUUGAAGCUCUGAAAUAUGUCAUCAAAGGGAUUUUAAAAGCACACCUGCAGCAGGUAUUCAUCUCAGAAUGUCACAACUUGUGUCUGUGUUACUGAGAGUCUGAAAAAAAGAUGGAUCUCUGUUAUUAUUGUGAUAAUGGUGUUUUUAGAGACACGAGACGAGUAUUGUUGGUAGGACUGUAACCCCUUCUGUACUCUUAUAAUCCAUUAUACGGUUAUGGUAGUUUUCUUGAAACUGUCAAUGGUAGCUGUAUUCGUGUGCUGUUUAGCUGCUUGCUCUGCAACGUGGUGUAUUGCACUGAAGCCGUCCUUUCAGAAACACCCCGUCACGGACAGAGAGGACAACACUCAAACAAUCUCUCUCCAGAAAGAAACACACCAGGUGGAUAAAAAUGAAACUGGAUUCUCCUCAGGGCCAGCAACUGCUUUUAACAUCCUAUUUUCCCAAACCAACAAAGUCAUAUGCCAGACACACUGUGAGUGCUUGCGAUGAUUUGACGAAUCCUACCCUCCUUAAAAAAAAAAAAACACAGUGAAAGGAUUGUUGCCAUGGCAUAAGUUUCCUCCUGCCUUAACACAACGAUGGUGCAUAUGCUACCACAGGGUGUUCUGUUUUGUUUCUUUGUUUUCUUUUCUCCCAAAAGCCCCUAAUCGACUACCAAAAAUGCUGCUGAGUGGCAUACACUGGUGCCACCUUUCACUCAGAGGACAGAAAGCACACAGAUAAAAGCUAUUUUUGUAGAAAUCCAAUAUUUAAUUUAAAAAAAAAUGAAUGAAAUGUUUUGUGAGUGAACUUUCACCAGCAGCAGAGAAACUUGUCAGAUACUUCAGAUUCAAUAAAUCUAAUCUAGCAAAGAACUUAUUUGAAAAAAAAGAAAAACUCACAUUGUAGGUAUUUGUGUUUAUCAUCCCUCCCUUCAUUAAAUCCAACACUGACUGGCCAAAACAACAAUGUAUUGAUUAGCUUAUUUAAUUUAAGGUAGCAUCAUUUAUGUAAGUCAAUGUCAAUAAUAUUUUCUUUUCUAUUAUGAAAUGUGACUAUGAACGAUCCAUGUAAAGACAAGUUCUGACCCUUAAGGUUUAGUCAAUUUUGACUGAAUUAAUUUGGGUUUGCUAGAUUACUCUUUUGUGUGUGUAAAAUGUAACAUUUUGCUAAAAGACGUUAUUUUUUUACAAAUACCUUGCUGGUUGGUUCCAUCAAAAAUAAGAAAAGUAGAAGGAAAACUAACUUAACUAAGAAUUUUGUUGAAUAGAUUAUCUUAUAUCAGUCAGUUCUAACUAAUAGCUACUGACUGUAGCCUUCUAAAACAAAUAGCUGUGUUUAGCUAGGUUGUCCCUAGCUACCAAGUUAAAUAAUUUAUUUUUUGUGUGUGUUUUAGACAUAGCAGAAAAAUUAGAAAUCUGUGAGAGUAUUGGAUUAGGAAAAGCUGGUAUAAGUCCCUGCUUAUCAUCUUACACAAUAACCGGUAGCCUGAAGGCUUGCAAUUGAAUCAUUUCAAGAUUAUGCUUUUAGGGAAGUCAGUUUCAAGGUUGUAAAAAUGAGAAUUAGCUAAAAGCAGCAUUUUAUACUUGUAUGAGAUUGGUUGUUUUAGUUGUUUUUUGGAAGUCGCGACAUAUAGCUCAAACAAACCUGAAGAGUUGAUAAGCUUCACAUACUGUUGAUAGUCCUUCUGUUGCUCCAAAUUCAAGCAAUUUGUUUAGACAUUGCUAGAAGCUGAUGUUUGUGCAACUACUAGAUUAGACGCAAUUACCAAUUCAGUCUCAAGAUAAACGUCUAAGCAAAUUUCUCUUUUUUUUUUUUUUUUUUACUUUUUUUUUGUUAAUGUUGACUGAUUUCCGUGGCUACGUUAAAGGGCCGUUAGUUUCACACCCCUGUCUAUCACUUUGGUUUUUAAAACUUCAUCCAUGGGGAUCCGCUCUUGGGAACAUUAGCUGGUUUUCAAAUCCUGUUUGUCGACUUUGCAACUUUGUUUUACACACGUUGCUUGAUUUUUGCUGUGUGUUUUUUUCUUUUUUUGUUACAUUAAUGCUUCUAACCUGAGAGUUGUACUUUAGCAAAGGCAUCCUGGAAUGUGCCUGUCAACAGGGAAGAGGACAAUCCAUUGAUGUUAGCAGUUCAGUUAAGCAUGUUUAAACUGGCUAAACGUAAGGGUCUUUAUUUAAAUGAACUCAGUUUUAAACUAAGGCAAACCCAUAUCAUCAUACUGCUACCUCAGGUUACAAGGAAAGUUUGGAUUCUUUUGAAGCAAAUUUAUUUUUAGGAGCUUAAUAAAUUUUUUAUAGCUCAUUUUCUUUUGGCCAGGCAGUGUAUGAUCACCUACGAACCAAGUCGAGGAAAAGCCAUAACUUCAUUACGGUUGAUAAUUAAUGAACAUGACUCAAAGCUCUGCUGCUGACGGUGAUGUUUCACACAUCCCUCUUUCCAUUUUACGGUCUGCAUCCGCCGCAGCUUGAAGUGAUAAAUCACAUUUGAAUGUUAUUUUGUGUAGAAAAGAAAAAAUCACCAAAAUUGAAAAACAAAAGGUCAUAUUUGAGUUUUUAUUUUUUGUUAAUAAUUUAAUAUUUUUUCCUCUUUUAUUCAAAAUGGGUUUAGUUGGAGCACAGACAUGUAAGUUUUCUUGUUAAUGACGUGUCACCUGUAUUUAUAGCUCUUAUAAUUUAGUGGACUGAAGGCCAUCCAUGUGUGGUGAUGAUUGUCACUUUAUUAAGCUACUGAUUGUAAAUUUGAGCACAGCAUUGCUCUCUGACAUUCAACCAUGGCGUGUUUUGACCAAAAGUUACUUCUCUGGACUUUUUUUUUUCUCCCAGCAGUCUUUACCCCGUGAUGAACUUCAGUGAUGUUUUUGUUUUUCAGUUCUCCACGGGCUCUUUGAAUGUUUCUGAAGCUGUAAUGUAUUAUUUAUUCCUUCAUCAUCAACGUGUGGACAGCUUCUGCUCCUCUCAGUCCACUUCUCUCAAUCUUUUAAUUGAGCACGAGUGCGUGGUUCACCCUGAGUGAACUUUGGGACCAACCUGAGAGAAAACUUUUUGUGACUUAGCAGCUUGCAAACUUGCUUUUUUUUUUUCUCCAUUCAAAGCAGCAGAUGUUUGUUUGUAAUUUGAAUGAUUGUGGACAAUAAACUUUCCAGACGUGUCUGAACAGAAAA